AUGCCAUCCCAGUCUGCACUCCUUGUUGGAUCCAAUGUGAGUAAUACGUCGUCUUUGCUGGUCACCGAACAGUUGGACGGUCCGUCGCGUCGUCUGCUUAAGGCCCGCAGCCACCGGAUGGACAAAGUAGAAAUCCAUACGAAAACGAUGACCACAAUUUUACUCUGCGAGACCAUGAGAUUUACUGUUUACAAACUGCAAAUUCGCAGCACUGCGUGCUUUGCGAACAGUGGUGAGUCGACGCUUAUCAAGCGCUACUCAGAGUUCUUUUGCUUCCGUCAGACGCUACUAAAGCUUCUUAAGAAGUGGGAUCUACAGCUCCGUUGCGAUAGUGAACAGCUACAAAACAGAGAGAGAUUUAGCAAAGAGUUUGAAUUGGUGUCGAGACUGUUGUUGCCAGCGCUCCAAACCCCCACAUUUCCUCGCAAGCACAUGCGUAGCGAUACUAUCACCAUCAUCAAUGAACGACGCAAGAAGCUACAGCAGUUCGUGCGCACGAUACUGGACGUGUACACAGAUAUUUCUUUAACUCUUUGUGACCCACAAAUAAGCGAUACUCGCAGCUUUUUCAAUCUUAACGAGAUCAUUCAAGUGGUAGAAGAAUUUAUGGAUAUUUCUCCGCAACAAAAAGAGAUCAAUCGUCGCCAAACUGCUGCCGUGCUGGCUCUGGAAGAUGUCGACAAAACCACUUCGGACUGCAUAAAGCUCACAUGCUCUAUUUGUUUGAGUGACGAAGACCCGAAAAAGUUUGUGCAAGAAAGAAUGGUAAAGCUUCCGUGCUCACAUCACUUUCAUGAAGAUUGCGUCAUUGACUGGUACAACACCAGCCCCACCUGUCCAUUAUGUCGGCAGCCUGCCCUUAUAGAUUAG